CUUUACUCGCCCCCACCACCACCACCUCCAACCCCGCCUUCCGCUUCCCACCCGCCCGCCUGCCUCCCCGCGCCGCCGCCUCCGGAUCGCGGCCUCCCUCCCUCUCCCUCCUGCGCCGAAGCUUCGCGCGCCAGUCCCGGCCCAUGCCCGGCCGCCGGUGACCAGCGCCCCCACCGGCCGGCCAUGGGCUGCGUGCACGGCCGCCCCACCACCUCCAGUCCCGCUCCCGCCGCCACCUCCUCCCGCCGCCGGGACCAUCCCACGGUCACCCAGCCGCAGCAGGAAGGGGUCGAUUCCUCCGACGCCGCCACCGCCGCCGCCGCCGCGGCGCCGGAGCAGCAGGCGGCCGAGAAGCCCGAGAAGGUCAAGCGGGAGCGGCGGUCGCGGUCGUCGCGCUCCGCAGCGGCGGCGGCGGCGCACGCCGAGGUGCGCCUGGGCGGGAGCUUCGCCAACAAGGCGCGCGGCGAGCAGGUCGCCGCCGGCUGGCCCGCCUGGCUCUCCGCCGUCGCCGGCGAGGCCAUCGAUGGCUGGACCCCGCGCCGCGCCGACUCCUUCGAGAAGAUCGACAAGAUCGGCCAGGGCACGUACAGCAAUGUGUACAAAGCGCGGGACUCGAUCAGCGGCAAGAUCGUGGCGCUCAAGAAGGUGCGCUUCGACAACCUGGAGCCCGAGAGCGUGCGGUUCAUGGCGCGCGAGAUCCUCAUCCUGCGCCGCCUCGACCACCCCAAUGUCAUCAAGCUCGACGGGCUCGUCACCUCCCGCAUGUCCUGCAGCCUCUACCUCGUCUUCGACUACAUGGUCCACGACCUCGCCGGCCUCGCCGCCAGCCCCGACAUCAAGUUCACGCUGCCCCAGGUCAAGUGCUAUGUGCAUCAGCUCUUGUCAGGGCUCGAGCACUGCCACAACCGGGGAGUGCUACAUCGCGACAUCAAGGGGUCGAAUCUGCUUUUGGACAACAAUGGUGUGCUGAAGAUUGGUGAUUUCGGUCUGGCGUCCUUCUUCGACCCCAACCAUAAACAGCCAAUGACGAGUCGGGUGGUGACACUAUGGUACCGCCCUCCAGAGUUGCUGCUGGGUGCGACCGAUUAUGGAGUUGGCAUUGACUUGUGGAGUGCAGGAUGUAUACUGGCUGAAUUGCUGGCUGGAAAACCUAUUAUGCCUGGACGGACUGAGGUGGAACAGCUGCAUAAAAUUUUUAAACUAUGUGGCUCUCCGACGGAAGAAUAUUGGAAAAAAUCAAAGUUGCCUCAUGCAACUAUAUUUAAGCCUCAACAGCCAUACAAAAGGCGAAUAGCGGAUACAUUCAAAGAUUUCCCUCAAACAGCAAUUCGAUUGAUCGAGACCCUACUUGCAAUUGAUCCAGCUGAUCGGUUAACAGCAACUUCUGCAUUAAACAGUGAUUUCUUUGCAACAGAGCCUUAUGCGUGUGAACCAUCAAGUCUGCCCCAAUACCCGCCAAGCAAAGAAAUGGAUGCGAAACGAAGAGAUGAAGAAGCUAGACGCUUAAGGGCUGCUGGUGGUAGAGCUAACGGAGACGGAACGAGGAAGACAAGGACACGGGAUCGGCCUAGGGCUGUUCCAGCUCCAGAGGCAAACGCCGAACUGCAAGCAAAUAUUGAUAAAAGAAGGUUAAUAACUCAUGCAAAUGCGAAGAGCAAGAGUGAAAAGUUCCCUCCACCGCACCAGGAUGGUGCGCUUGGAUUUCCCUUGGGCUGUUCGAAUCACAUGGAACCUUCAUUUGAGCCCCCAGACCCUUCUUCCUUCAGCACUGUAUUUCCUUUCGAUAAAAGCACAGUGCCUACCUGGUCCGGACCAUUGGCGGACUCUGCAGCUGGCAACCAAAAGCGGAAACACAAGUCUGGCCGCUCCUCAAAACAACCAGCAACCGCCCGUGCUAGAUGAUACAUCAUGUCAUGCUUAGGGCAAAUCAAGUCUUCAAUACCCCCAAAAAACAAAAAUACUUCGCAGUGGUUCCAACAAACUGGGUUAAUCUGAUUUGGAAUCAAGAGCUACAACAAUGAAUUGUUUUUUUCUCAGAUCCAUUCAUGUAUGGAUUUUUUCCAAACAUCGGUCAAUGUAUAGGCUGGAGAGGGAGCUGGAUUAGUCAAUUAUGUACAUUAGGUUCUCUUUUCCAUUCUUACAAGCAGCAACAUGUCAUGUUAGAUUAAUUAAUUUGAGUGAGGAAUGGAACUGUUAGGUCAACUUAGCAAGUCAUCACUCUACAUAGAUUACUUCCAAUCAAUUGAAUAUUUUUUACCUGUUAUUUUGUCAAUAAGUUACAUUAUCUGUUUUUCCUU